AUGCAAAUUCCAAGUACACUCGCUUUUAUCGCCUUCUUAGCUUCCUUUCAGUUCACCAUCCAUGCAGCCAAAAAUCCUCCCUUACCCAACGAUUAUAUAAUCAGACAACCAUUCACGUGGGUAAAUGGCUAUCUACCGAUCUAUGAUGCCAAGGGCAAGGAAGUUUUCCAUUUUAGCAAGACUGCCUUUAUCCCAAGUUUUGGGAAGACCAACACCACAAUCGCGGACGGAUCUUUCAAGGUUUUAUUUAAUCUUUCAUCGAGCACAGAUAAUCGCUGCUACGACGAUACAACUUAUGCGGAGCCUGCAGAUCAAAACCAGAAGGAUGAAUCCCCAAAGCGAGAAUUUAAAAGGGAUGUAAGAGCCGUCAGAGCGGAUGUCUGGCGCUUCAACUUCCUUCCUGAUCGCUCAACCACCCGACAGUACUACAAGUUCAACCAAAAUGCUGAGAACAUGGGAGGUAGGAUAUAUAAGGUGGGCAAAGGGAAAAAAAAUGAACUGGUUGGCCUGCUCAGAAAUCAAAAGCGGAAACAGGCCUGGUUGGAUAACGAUCCUACUAAAGAGGUCGCCACUUUUACACUUUCAUGCAUUGAUAAUGCCCCACUGGCUGAAUUUGUCACAUUGAUGGCCUUGGUCUUUGACAAAGACGUUGCUUGUCGAUUUUGA